CAGGGGGCGGGGUUAGGGUUAUUCAGUGUGUCCAGAGCGUAUACAGCUCUGAGUGUGACUAAUGUUUUGUUUUCUAUCAAUAAUAAAAUGGGACAGUUAGGCUAACAAGGAUACCCUCGAAUUUAAAAGCUUCUCAGUGACCUGGCUCCAGCCUCCAAGAAGACACAUCGCCAUGGGGAAUACAAGCAGCGAGAGGGCGGCCAUGGGCCACGGGGAGAAGGCUCAGCGGAGGGACAGCCGGGGAAACAAGGAGGGAGGCGGGCCUAAGAUCCUGAUGGACAGCCCUGAGGAUGCAGAUAUUUUUCAUGGUGAAGAUAUGAAAGCUCCGUUAGAGAAAGAGGAGUUCCUCGCAUGGCAGCAAGACUUAGAAGCAGAUGACAAAGGGCCGACUUUAGACCGACCGACAGUGUUUCGCUGGACCGGAGACGGCAAGGAGGUGUACCUCUCUGGAUCCUUCAACAACUGGGUCAACAAGAUUCCCCUCAUCAGAAGUCAGAACACCUUUGUGGCCAUUGUUGAUCUACCUGAAGGGGAGCAUCAGUACAAGUUUUAUGUGGAUGGCCAGUGGACCCACGACCCCACCGAGCCUGUUGUAACCAGUCAGCUUGGGACAGUGAACAACAUCAUCCAGGUGAAGAAAACCGACUUUGAGGUGUUUGACGCUCUCAUGGUGGACUCACAGAAAUGCUCUGACAUGUCAGACCUCUCCAGCUCUCCUCCUGGGCCGUACCAUCAGGAAGCGUAUGUUCCUAAACAGGAAGAGAAGUUUAAGUCUCCGCCCAUACUCCCUCCCCACCUGCUGCAGGUCAUCCUCAACAAAGACACUGGCAUCUCUUGUGACCCUGCAUUACUCCCAGAGCCCAACCAUGUCAUGCUGAAUCACCUCUACGCUCUUUCCAUUAAGGAUGGAGUGAUGGUGCUCAGUGCGACACAUCGCUACAAGAAGAAAUACGUCACCACCUUAUUAUACAAGCCCAUCUGACUGCCCUUCUAAUCGUUUUUAAAAAGAGUGUAAACCAUACCCCAAGUGUAAAAAAUACUAGCUCCUUAGCACAUAGAGAACAGGGAAAUCCAGGACUUAUCACCUGGAUGAGAAUCUCACAUUUAGCUAAUAAGAGGGUAAGAGCUCUGAGAUGAUAUUUUGUACACACCCUGUUAUUGUUCACUCCAAUCCUACGUAAUCAGCCUAUUGUUGUUCACUGAUAACUCUUUUUAGGUUUCGUAUUUGCUAAGUAGACAUUAAAAGGCAGGUUGUUGGUGGUCAAAACAGACAGAAAUGACACGAGAAGGAGUGGUCAUGGUGCAAAAAUGUGACUGAAAGUCCUCAGUUCCACGAGGCCGCUGUAGCGUUUCCCAUGAUUGAGACGACAAAGGUACAAUCAAGAAUGUGAAUGUCGAGGUCAAGGAAGAAUUAAAUGCACUGCAGUAGUUCUCCACUGUUCAUCAUAGAGGUGUGUUCAGUGUUAAUCAUAAAGCACACAGUAGAUAUGUUCUAUCAUUUGUGACGUUUUUUUUACUUAGGUUGAUGUGGUUUGUAUUAGUCUUGCAGUGAUAAAAAAGAUCAUUUUUGGGGAGAAACUUCAUCAGCUCUGCACUACAAGGGGGUUUAUUUCUAAUGUAGAAUAUGCAUACAGUGUAUGUACAAUGGCAGGACGACGAUGUAUCAGAAGAAUGCUAGCCCUUUUUAAAUCUUUUAGUGGUGUUCGCACUUUUCAUCCAUUUCAUAAAAAUGCAUUCCAGAAAUAAAGAGUCAGAACGGCAUCUUUGCUUUGAACCAGUUUCAGAUUUGGAUGAAAAAGACCUCAAUAAGGUAAUAGAAGGUAAAAGACUUGAUGAAGGGACCGGCAUUGGAUCAUGUGACAAAGUCAAGGUCGUACUGUUAUUUUUUUAAAGUUAACAUGUUUGUACUGUUGAUGUAUUCCAUCAAAUUUGAAUGACCUGAAUGUGUUUUAAGUUUAAACUAUGAUGUGUAGCGUAUAUUUACAUCAAUGUAUCAUAAGCUAUAGGCCAGUAGAGACUGACAAUCUCCUCAGUGAAUAUUUCCUUUGUUUGUGUUACUUCUGCUUUUUUUGUUUUAAAUGCUAGGUUUUGAAAUCAUUUCAUAUCAUUCAAAAAAAAUCGUCUACGCUUUGAACCAAGCUGGUACACUUUUGUAUUAAAGAUUCAGUUACAAAUUCAUAA